AGCGGCUGACCUUCCCCCCAAAAGCUUUGUGUCGAUUUCUCCAUUUUCCCGCUGAGAUGGGGACGGGAGCCCGGUCCCCCCACCCUCUUUUCCCUCCUCCCGGGGUUCGCCUCUGAGCGCCGCCCCCCUCCCUCCUUUCCUCCUCCCUCUCUCCUUCCCUCCCUUCUUUCCUCCUCUGCCUCCUCCGCAGCCGGACCAGCUCCCUCCCACAUCUGGCGCUUAGAGACCCUGGGGAUCCCGCGCACACUCCCUUGGACCAGCACCAGACAGAAAGCGCCUUGAGGGGCUUGGGUAGUUUUUCGGGUGGCCAGAGCCGCGGUCCUCUGUCCCCCCGACGGCUGGGGGGAGGGGGGAGGAGGCCGCGCGCCCCCCUCCCCGACGCCAACUCCCCCUGGCGGCCGCUCCCAUGGGUGUCGCUGGGCCGCGCCAUGCCUAAGGAGGCGCCGCGAUGGGCCAAGGGGACGAAAGCGAGCGCAUCGUGAUCAACGUGGGCGGCACGCGCCACCAGACGUACCGCUCGACGCUGCGCACGCUGCCCGGCACGCGGCUCGCCUGGCUGGCUGAGCCCGACGCCCACAGCCACUUCGACUAUGACCCGCGCGCCGACGAAUUCUUUUUCGACCGCCACCCGGGCGUCUUCGCGCACAUCCUGAACUACUACCGCACGGGCAAGCUGCACUGCCCGGCCGACGUGUGCGGGCCACUCUAUGAGGAGGAGCUGGCCUUCUGGGGCAUCGACGAGACCGACGUGGAGCCCUGCUGCUGGAUGACGUACCGCCAGCACCGUGACGCCGAGGAGGCGCUGGACAGCUUCGGCGGCGCGCCCCUGGACAACAGCGCCGACGACGCUGACGCCGACGGCCCUGGCGACUCAGGCGACGGCGAGGACGAGUUGGAGAUGACCAAGCGCCUGGCGCUCAGCGACUCCCCGGACGGCCGGCCCGGCGGCUUCUGGCGCCGAUGGCAGCCGCGCAUCUGGGCGCUCUUCGAGGACCCCUACUCAUCCCGCUACGCGCGGUAUGUGGCCUUCGCCUCCCUCUUCUUUAUCCUGGUCUCCAUCACCACCUUCUGCCUGGAGACCCAUGAGCGCUUCAACCCCAUCGUGAACAAGACGGAGAUCGAGAAUGUUCGGAACGGCACGCAGGUGCGCUACUACCGGGAAGCUGAGACGGAGGCCUUCCUCACCUACAUCGAGGGCGUCUGCGUGGUCUGGUUCACCUUCGAGUUCCUCAUGCGUGUGGUCUUCUGCCCCAACAAGGUGGAGUUCAUCAAGAACUCGCUCAACAUCAUCGACUUUGUGGCCAUCCUCCCCUUCUACCUGGAGGUGGGCCUGAGCGGCCUGUCCUCCAAGGCCGCCAAGGACGUGCUGGGCUUCCUGCGCGUCGUCCGCUUCGUGCGGAUCCUGCGCAUCUUCAAGCUGACCCGCCACUUCGUGGGCCUGCGGGUCCUGGGCCACACCCUCCGCGCCAGCACCAACGAGUUCCUGCUGCUCAUCAUCUUCCUGGCUCUGGGCGUCCUGAUCUUCGCCACCAUGAUCUACUACGCCGAGAGGAUAGGGGCGCAGCCCAAUGACCCCAGCGCCAGCGAGCACACCCACUUUAAGAACAUCCCCAUCGGCUUCUGGUGGGCGGUGGUCACCAUGACGACGCUGGGCUACGGAGACAUGUACCCGCAGACGUGGUCCGGCAUGUUGGUGGGAGCGCUGUGCGCGCUGGCGGGCGUGCUGACCAUCGCCAUGCCCGUGCCCGUCAUUGUGAACAAUUUCGGGAUGUAUUACUCCUUAGCCAUGGCUAAGCAGAAACUACCAAAGAAAAAAAAGAAGCAUAUUCCGCGGCCACCGCAGCUGGGAUCUCCCAAUUAUUGUAAAUCUGUCGUAAACUCUCCACACCACAGUACUCAGAGUGACACAUGCCCGCUGGCCCAGGAAGAAAUUUUAGAAAUUAACAGAGCAGAUUCCAAACUGAAUGGGGAGGUGGCGAAGGCCGCGCUGGCGAACGAAGACUGCCCCCACAUAGACCAGGCCCUCACUCCCGAUGAGGGCCUGCCCUUUACGCGCUCGGGCACCCGCGAGAGAUACGGACCCUGCUUCCUCUUAUCAACCGGGGAGUACGCGUGCCCACCUGGUGGAGGAGUGAGAAAGGAUCUUUGCAAAGAAAGCCCUGUCAUUGCUAAGUAUAUGCCGACAGAGGCUGUGAGAGUGACUUGACCAGGCGGCUUGGCCCAGGACACUGGUGGCUAUUAAGCAUCUGGGUGGACCUGCAGCCCCUCCUCACCCUCGGACAGAGUAAAUUCACGCCAUGCAGGUUUGCCGGACGAGUCCGAGUGGCCCAGGCCUUGUACUAGGACGGACGUAGCUUUUCUACGGCCAAAUGGUAACUGACCGUAGAGGAUUUCUUUUCCUUCUUUUCCUUUUUUAAAAAUUUUAUUUUAUUCGGGGAGGGGGGCGGGGCGGAGGGUUUCCUUAGCAUGACUUGCAUGAAGUUAAACAGAAAACCCAGCCAUCCACACCCCCCACCCCCCCGCACCUGUAUGAUGACCCUUAACCACGACAACGACGAAGAGAAGCGAGAGUCCUCUAUUUCUUUCAAAGCGCUUUCUUUCUUUGAUACACCUUGUUGGAGCCAAACUGUAACAGGGCCGCGUUGGGUAGAAACCUGUACGUUUGGGGGGAUGGAGUGGGGGAGGGGGAGGGACGGGACCGGAGGACUUCCGUCUUUUGUACACACGAUCGAGAGUACGGUUCCCCAAAGGGCAGUCGGUCAGCCAUCGGUCAUAUUGACCUCACCUUCAUAGUGCAUCUCUCACGCGGAACCUGAGAACUUUGCUCCCCGUAGAAUUGUGGAAACUCGCCCUGCUGCCUUCUUUCCUCUGUCUGGCAUGCUUGUGACCCAGCGGACGUCUCCCCAAGACCCCUGACAGCGGCUAGUCUAGGUUGAGUCGAUCAUCUUAGCGGUGUGUAGAUCCAGUGCGACCAACUUUCAUAACAAAUCAUAGUAGAUAAAUCCGCACCGUCUGGAUUUUCCAAGCGUUACUUCAGAGCACCAACAGAUCAGGACCGCAGGAGGGCCGGUCCUCCUCCACUCUGAUUAAGGCACAACCUGGCAUUGUAUGCGAUUUAGUACUUCAGAGUCAAAAAGAAAAACACCAACCACCACCACCACAACAAAAACCCCUGCAUGCCCAAUGUUAUGCAAAGCGAUUCUAGCAUGAAAUAAAUUUUGUAUCAUGGUUUCUGUAUAGUCUAAAGCAGAUUUGUUUUCCUGAAGCAAUCGGAGGUUUGCAGAGACACACUUCUGCAUCUUGAAGAAAUAGAGUAUUUUCCCAACAGAAACAGAGGACAGUAGCUUGGCUUUGGUCUGAUUCUAAAAUUAGUGGUGGGGUGGGGGGUGGGGAAGGAUGAUAUUUUUGAAAAACACAUGCUCGAGUUGAAAAAAAAAAAAAUGCAACAUCUCAAGCUCUCACUGCAGCUCGCAACAUUUCCUGGAAAGAGCAAUGCUGCUUUAGUUCAACGCCCUCCCCUCCUGGGGCCCUGGCCUCGAUAAUAAAAAGCUGACGUUGGAGAUGAA